UGCGCAGUUUGGGCGGGUGCUGGAGGAAACACCGUUACACACAUGGAGACACAGAGAGGGUCUCAGACCACUCUCAGUCUCAUUGAAACUCAGCUGAAACUCGGGUCAUUCGGGGUUCUUCUCUUUAGUUUUUCAUUGAUAUUUCAACUUUUUAUUUUGUUUUUGUUUUUCUUCUUCUAACAAACCUCUGAACCUCGUGCGCUGCCGCGAGGAGCAACAGGAGGUUUCACCAACAAGUCACAGCCGGAGAAGUUUGACGGAGUCUCAUUGAAGAAACUUAUUCUAACCCGGGAUAGAAGCUUUCUGACCUGGGUUAAGGCUCUCAGCUGACUGAGUGGUAAUCUGCUGACAUGCACCAAUCAGGGGACAGCAUGGUCAUCUUCUUUUGCCUGGUUCCAGUCCUGGUUCAGGUUCUGGUUCUGGUCGGUCCUGCUGGAGGUUACAAUCUGGAUCAGGAGCACAGUCUGGUGUUCAACGGCCCCCGCUCCUCUAUGUUUGGAUACUCUGUGCUGCUGCAUCGCCACAGCACUCACAAAUGGCUGGUGGUCGGAGCUCCAGUGGCUAACUCCUCCAAUCACCUGGUUCAAUCUCCAGGAGCUGUUUAUCGCUGCAGCAUCACGGCUGAGAAGCACACAUGCGACCCUCUGCCUGCUGACGUUUCGAGCUGUGGAAAGACGUGUGAACCUGAGAGUGAUCACCAGUGGCUGGGUGUCAGUUUGUCCAGACAACCUGGAGAAAAUGGUGGACACGUCCUGGCAUGUGCUCACCGCUGGAAAAACGUGUUCUACUCAAGGAAAGACAGCCUGAACAACAAGCUUCCUAACGGGGUUUGUUAUCGCUAUGAAAGUGACCUGAGAUCCUCCCAGUUCUUCAUCCCUUGCUACAGAGACCACCAGAGGAAGUUCGGUGAGGAUUAUGGAUCAUGUCAGGCGGGUAUUUCCAAUUUCCUGACGCAGGACCUGAUCAUCAUGGGAGCACCAGGAACUUCAUAUUGGACGGGUUCGGUUCUGGUCUACAACACCUCCAGCAGAGGGAUGUCAGUGUAUCUGGAUGACGACACAGGAGCUGUCAGCUUUGGAAGCUACCUCGGUUAUGCUGUUGGAGCAGGUCACUUCCAGAGUCCCUCUUCUAUGGAGGUGGUGGGUGGAGCUCCACAGUACAAUCAGAAGGGCAAGAUCUACGUCUUCUCAAUAGAGAGCGGAAAAAUCCUGAAGGUGGUAUCAGAAGUUACUGGAAAUGAACUGGGAUCUUAUUUCGGCUCCAGUGUUUGUGUGGUGGAUCUGAAUGCUGAUGGUUUGUCAGACCUGCUGGUUGGUGCUCCCAUGGCCACGGGGACCUCCAGGGAGGAAGGAAGAGUGUAUGUGUACAUAAAUGAGGGACAGGCAAAGCUGAAAGAGGCGGCGUUUAAACUGGCUGGCAGCGAUGCUUACGCGGCUCGGUUCGGACAGUCUAUUGCUGACCUUGGAGACCUGGAUGAUGAUGGCUAUCCAGAUGUGGCCAUCGGCGCUCCACAGGAAGACGACCUUAAAGGAGCCGUCUACAUCUACAAUGGCAGGAAGGAGGGCAUUUCACCAACACCAUCGCAGAGGAUUACUGGAUCUUCCUUGGGUCAUAACCUGAGGAUGUUUGGACAGUCACUGAACUCUGGGAUAGACAUCGAUGACAACGGCUACAAGGAUGUGGCAGUGGGAGCAUUCCUGUCAGACUCAGCUGUGGUUCUCAGGACCCGUCCAGUGAUUCAAGUGAAAGCUUCUCUGAUUCUGCCUGAGCAGAUUGACCAGCGGGUGGCGCUAUGUCGAGAUCACAGGACUCAGACUGUCUGCUUCAAUGUUACGAUUUGUUUCAGUGUCACUUCUAAACACUUCAGAGGGGCAAUAGAGCUUCAAUAUAAUUUGACCUCUGACCUCUUCCAUAAACCAUCAUUCCCUCACCGUUUCUAUUUUCACGGUAACGGAUCAUCAAACAGCACGAGGGGUCAUGUGAAGGCCCGACACGGCCAUCCCACCUGUGCAACACAUGUGGCUUACCAACGGAAAGACGUUAAAGACAUUUAUACUCCCAUUCAGUUUGAAGUUUCCUAUGGCCUCAGAGAAAAAAGCAGCCACAGAGUCUCCUCCAGACCCUUCCCUCCAUUAAAACCCAUUCUGCAGCAGAGUGCAGGACAUCGUAACACCGUCACCAACCAGACUCGGUUUGCCCGCUCCUGCUCUGUGGUAAACUGUUCAACCAACAUGCAGCUGUUCAGUGAACUAGUGCUGCCGCAACAGCAGAAGUUUUUUGCCCUCGGUUCAGGACCAAUCAUCCUGAAAGCCUUGCUGCUGAACUCUGGAGAUGAUGCCUUUCUGCCACGGGUGACGAUGAGAUUCCCAAACAACAUCCACUACAUCAAAGUGCUGCAUAAUCAGGACAACGAGAUUAGUUGCGUCAUCACGGAGGAAGUGAACACUACAGACGUGAGCGUCGACUGCAGCAUCACCAGCCUCAUCCUCCCAGCCUUCUCUCAGAUGAAUAUCAGUUUUCUGUUGGAUGUCAAUCAGAACAGCACGCCCGGCGACAUUCACAUUAACAUCAACAGCAGCAGUGAUAACUAUGAGAUGGAGGAGUUUCUCCAAGAUAACAGGAUGACACUUGUGCUUCCUCUGAAAUAUGGAGUUGGCGUCAACAUCCACGGUUUUGUGACUCCAACGUCUUUUGUGUUUGGAGAUGAAGACUUGAUUCCAGCUGAUUGCUACCCUGAAAAAUUCAAUUACACAUACAAGGUGCUAAACUUUGGUCCCAGCAGAGCGAUGAACACUGUGGUUCAGAUUGCACUGCCAAAGGUCCUCGCACCUUACCGACACAGACUGCUGCAGGUCAUCGACUGGAAGUCAUCACAUGGUUCGUGCUCAAUAAGUGACAAAACUGUUUCGGCCAUUGAGGACUGCGAUGUUCCUCAAGCUUCCUUCAUCAAGCAGCUCAUGUUCUUUUUCUCUCUCACCACCACCCGCACAAUGUUCUGUGGCUACAGAGACGAUCUGUGUGAGCGGCUGGAGUGUCGUCUCGGUAACCUGGAUGCAGGGAGAGAUGCUACCAUCCAGCUGGAGAUCAGCCUGAACCCUGCUGUGCUGUUGCAAGCUCCGGGCCGUCAUGCUGUGAUGACGUUGGAGAGCACAGCAGUUAUGCUAUCUCCCAGAGAAGAUCCUCACACCGUCCUAAUAAAGGAUCAACCUGUUGCCCAGGUGGUGGUGGAAGCUGUUUUUACCCAGAAACCCUCAAUGGCUGUGAAGAUUUUCAUCAUCAUUGUCAGUUUAGUUUUAGGACUGACCAUCCUGGCAGCUUUCAUCUGGUGUUUGUGGAAGGUUGGCUUCUUUAAGAGAAGCUUCAAGAAGCAGGAGGAGUUAAACAGAGACAGCUGGGACUAUGUUCCUAAACUCAACAAGAAGGAGAGCACUAUUUAACCUCGGCUGCUGCCGCUCGCUGGGACAUCUGACCAUCAACAAUGCUGUGCAAAAGCUUUGCAGCAAUGAUGGAUGAUGAACGCAUCCUGAAUGCACCUGGACCGAUAUAUCAAAUGUGCCUUCACAAUGGACAGAUUAAAGACAGACCACAGCACUGGAUGGAUGGAUGGAGAACUAAAACAGUCAAGUAUUUGCCAAGAUGAAGGCAAUGAGGCUUCUUGUGUUGUGGAUGAACACUGAAGAACUGAAUCAAACCAAGUGACUUUCUGGUGAUCUCAGGGGAUAGAACCCUGGCUUCUGAUUGGUUUAUACCUUUGAAACAGGUUCCUAGAUUUUGCUAACCUGCUGAUCACCAGAGGACAGACUCACUGGUUGUCUAACAUUAUCAGCAACAGUUGCUGUCAACACUGGACUGGAGUCCAAGCAUAAGGAGCUAAUGAACUGCAGGAGUUUGCAGGAAAAGGGAAUUAAUACAAAAUCUGUUAUGAAAGGGGGGCACAGAUAAAUGCUGGGAAAUGGGAUCUGAUGCUGCUUUUUGCUGUUUUCACAAGUCUGCUCCACUGGCAGAAUUUUAUGGCACAUCUAGAUUACAAAGGAAGUAUCCAGGCGUUCUCGGCAUUGCUGAUAACAGCUAAUCAUGCAGCAAAACAUCAUGGCUAACAGUAUUAAAGAAAACACUUCUGAGUCCUCAUCCCCAGUAUAAACAAACUGUAGCAAGCUCACAGGCUGCAACAAAGAAACUGCUGCAGAUAUUUAGAAAAAUGGUGCUAACAGAUCACAGGAGCACAAUGUCUUAUUCUUGUGAAGCCUAUAUUAGAAACAAUAAUGAUCUAGCCAUAUGAAAAAUAUUUUAUUAAUUUAAUUUAAUUUAUAUAGUGUUUAACAAGUUACAAUGUGCUAUUAAAUUAAAAUGCAUUAUGAAAAUGCUUUAAAAGAUACACCACAGAAAUAAAUGAAUACCAUUACUUGAAAGAGGAUUUUAGAAAAGUUAAACGUAAUUAAGGCAUUAAGUUCUUAUAUUCUGUGAAUGCAACCUGUUAAAACAACGGCGUCCCUCAUCUUUUACAUGUCACAGAAAUACACAUCAUCCAAGUGUUUGAAUGUUUUAUUACAUUUUUAUUUGGUUAUUUUUUUUAUGAAAGUUUGUUCUGCACUGGAGCAUUUCACUGCUUUCAUCAAUACUCCUGUUAAAAUAAAUAUUUUUUAUUUUUAUUUAAACAUAA